AUGGAAAAGGGAAAUCACUCUGUGGUGACUGAGUUCAUUCUCUCAGGACUGACAGAUCGUCCGGAGCUGCAUGUCCCACUGUUUGUGUUGUUCCUACUGAUAUAUGUUGCCACCCUGGUAGGGAAUGGUGGAAUGAUCUGGUUAAUCACGAUUGACCCCCGACUCCACACCCCCAUGUACUUUUUCCUCCAGAGUUUGUCUUUCUGUGAUCUCUGUGGUUCCACUGUAAUAGCGCCUAAGAUGAUGCUGGAUUUCUUAGACGAAAGGAAAAGCAUUUCUUAUACUGCUUGCGCUGUGCAAAUGUAUUUCUAUAUCUGUUUUGGAACUAUUGAGUGUCUCUUGCUGGCUGUGAUGGCGUACGACCGUUAUGUGGCCAUCUGUAACCCGCUGCUCUAUACGGUCACUAUGUCCAAGCAGAGCUGUAACCAGCUGGUGGCUGGGGUGUGUGCUGUGGGGUUGGUGGAUGCAAUGAUCCACACGUGUCUGACAUUCCGGCUGCCAUUCUGCAGCUCCAAUGUCAUCAAUCAUUUCUGCUGUGAUAUUCUUUCACUUCUGACGCUCUCCUGCUCUGACACCCGCAUCAAUCAGAUUGUGAUAUUUGCCUUUGCAUUGUUCAUUAGUCUGACUAGCGCUAUAACAAUUCUCCUCUCCUACGUCUAUAUCAUCUCCACCAUCCUGCAAAUGUCCUCUUCGGAGGGCCGGCACAAAGCCUUCUCCACCUGUGCUAGCCACUUGACUACAGUGGUCAUAUUAUAUGGCACCCUCCUUUUCAUCUAUUUGCGACCUAACUCCAACUAUCACACGGACAUAGACAAAAUAGCCUCUCUGUUCUACACACUGGUGAUCCCCAUGCUGAACCCCCUCAUCUACAGCCUGAGGAACAGGGAGGUGAAGGUCGCCCUGAGGAAAGCCAUGAAUAAGCUCCUGAGCAAUUCAUGA